AGUAGUAGGUGGAUUUGACUGGCAGGUUUUGGCAGUUUGAACCUAUAGGAAUUCGCUUCUGCUUGAUAAUAGCCCUUCUUAACACUUGAGAUGGAGUGGGUGGUGGAAUAUGUCUUUGCUUGCUCAUAGGCUACCUUUAACCAUUUAAGUUUUCUAACAAAACCCACAAUUCCAUGCAAUUGAACAAGAGUCUGCUAGAUUCCAAUUUUGCCUCUUCUCCUAGGAAGAGUUAUUGCAGUGGCAUUGACGCAUCAGUGCAAAGUUGCAACUUACAGAUAAGACAGCUCAGAUGAGUUCAACCGGACCUGGUGGACCUCAAGGUCCUCCUGGACCUGGCUUUCACGGUGGUUUCUUCAGUGGCUUGUCCAGUACCAUUCCAUCUUGCUUCUACUACUUAUGCUGUUGCUGGUUGUUGGAAGAUUGCUUUGGUGGUCCAGCAGACCCACCUGCUGGCCCACCACCUCCACCUCCACCUGAACCUCCUGUUGUCCCACCAGGACCACCUCCCGUUGGCCCACCAUCACCGGGACCACCACCUGCUCCAUAAUCCCAUGUUCGAUUAUUUUCAUAAAGUUGUCUUACGUAUAUAUAUAUAUACAUAUAGUAUUGAAUUAUGUUAGGAUUUUUGAAUGAUUGUUAUCUUGCCUUGAAAGAUUUGCUAAAAUUAAUAAUAUCUUAAUUACUUGUUUGAUAAGGUUUCCAUCUAUCGAUUAAGAAAUGUUACGUUAA